UCAAACCGAAAGUAUUACUACGUUAUGAAUACAGGUAUUUCAGAAGCAAAAGGUAUGGACAAGAGAUAACAAUUAUUUGUGUUGAUAACGAAUUUAGAUACGAGGAAAAAUAUUUAUUAUAUUAUCCCUAUUUUCCUGAGUGAAGUUUUUCUUGGAUAGGAAUUGCAUUGUUAUUUAUAAGGAUGUUUUCUUUUAUAUAAAGAAAAGGGAAAAAAAUGAUGACAAUAUUCGUGUAGUGAUUGGACUUUUUGGUUUGUACUUUCGAUUUGAUAAGAUGGCAGCUGGCCAAGGAAAUAUUAAAAUCAUAGAGAGUGAUAGCGACAAUGAGAGCGAGAGUGAGGAAAUCGAAGUCGUACAAAGGACAGAAGACAGGGGUGACGAGAUUAACGACGAGGAACACUUGUACGAGGAAGUCGUCGUCAGCACAACAAGACAACAAGGCAACACCUCAGCAGCACAACAUGACAACACAAUAGAGAAAACCAUUAAAUGCAAAACAAAACAUCACUGUCUUUUAAUGAAAAUGGCAUCCAUUGAAUCAAAUGUUUCUAACUUAUCAGUGAGCUUCCGUGAAGAGACAUGUUCAAUAGUGCUUCGAGGUCCAAAAGAGCUAGUGCUGGAACACAACCUAGAGUAUCUACAACGUCUUAACAAUGUAUGCACUUUGUCUGAGCCAGUGAGUGCGAACAGACUUCAUGUACUUAAGCAGGAGGGUUGUAUGGAGAAACUUAGGCAAAGAGGCCAAACAGCCAGUCAAAUUUUCCGUGUAUUCAUAGAAAACCAAAAUCUCACCGAUCCAGCUGUACACUGUUUAGCCUUUUCGGAGAAAGAUGCAAAAGAAGCUCUGCAAAAUACCCUGGACUGUUUCAGAAAACUGAAUGUACCUUUCGCUCCCCACAAUGUAGAACUAUUCACGUCAGAAACAUGGGAUGUGGAGACACAGGCCCUCCAGAAAUCCCUGAUGGUCGUGAUUGAGAUCGUCCACACUGAGUCAGUCGUGGAGGUAGAGGGACUUACAGAGGAUGUCCAGAAAGCCGCCGACAAACUGAGAGGCGUGCUCAACGCCCACAAACCCAUACGUACCAUAAUACUGAGUGGCGCCAAGGCCAGAUUAAUGUGCAAGACUUCCAGUCUGAAGGAAGAGCUGACACGAUUGAAAGAAGAAGUGAAACAGAACCCGGAAACGGUAGAUAUAACGGAAACCCAUUCUGACUGUGAGGACACAUUGACGAUCAAGUUCACGGAUGACCACACUCUGAGAACCCGGAUACAGACAAUAACAGAGAAAAUCAAGGAUAUCAAAUUGACCUUCGCCGACUUUAACAAGAAUGAUCAAGGCAUAAUCACAAGAUGCUUAAAUUCAAAGAAGGGAAAACGUGAGAUAAGAAACCUGGAGGAGAAAUAUGCUACCUUCAUUGAUAUCGUCGACAGCGAAAAAAAGGUGGAAGUCAGAUACAUCGAAGACAAUUCUACCGGUCCGUCACCUGUUGCCAGAUCGAAGUCGUUAUCUAAUUUGUUGGAGGAGAAGAGUCUGACAGUGGGCGCCACAGAACUCCAGGUCAAGGACGGCAGCGUGGUCAAGGAGAAGGCUUCAGUUCUGGUCAAUGUUCUUCGUAAAUCCUCCAUGUGGAGAUACGGAAUGUUACCACGUUUGUUCUCUUUGGCCUCUCGACAAUUAAAAAAGGAUUUUGAAGAAGAAUAUGAUGAAAUAGAAAACGUUGUUCUGACAAAGAGCUCUGGGCAACUGACACACCUCUGUAAGUUUGUCUGUAACAUAGUACUGGAGGACUGGAAUAGAGAAAACAGCAAAAGCCAUGAACAGAGUUUAAGGGAAGUAAUUAAGAAGUGUCUCUCUCACUGUGAGGAUAAUCAGUUGGAUAGUAUAGCCUUCCCUGCGGUUGGAACCGGAAAACUACUCAAGUUUCCGGAUAAUAUGGUGGCGAAAAUCAUGGUGGAAGAAUGUGUUACUUGGUCUAAAGGCAGAACAAGACUCAAGAAAAUUGUCUUUGUAAUUUAUGACUCAGGCGAAAGACAAGAGUUUGAUGAGGAACUUGAGCGUUUUCAUAGGAUUGUGUCGAAAAAAUCGAAACUUCAGAGGCUAGGCACGCUUCUUCCUCAUAUGUUCCGCAGGAGAGGAUCACCGACCUCACUGCAGGAAGGAAAAGAAGAUGAAAGUGUGAAACAUGUUAGUCUAUUCUUGCCAGACCUUCUCCUUUCUGGGGAAAACUCACAGGGAUUGAAAGACUUGCGAAAGAAAAUCAAUGAAGAAGUGGAACGUCUAUUUCUCUCUAAAGAAAUUAUACAAAAUAAAGGCUUAAUAGAUAAAAUAACUCGGGAGGACAAACAAGAUAUUUUUGAGGCAGUGAGAACAAUGGAUGUCAUACUGAAAAUAGAUUCGGAUAAAUACGUUAUCAUGGGACACCGAGAUGAUGUCCAGGCCUUAGCCAAUAAAACCAGGGCUUUGUUAUUGGACAGCUUCUCAGCAGAGCCAGUAGAGACAACCAGCCAAUCGAGACCAAAGCGGUGGAUGGGGCCGCGGUCCAAGAAGGGCACUGAAGGCUACUGGAGAGAGGUGCUGGAACAUCAGAAGACGCCCCUGUACUGGAAAGAGUUCAGAGGGGGCUAUGAUAUCAAAUAUUAUUUGAAACAGAAGAAGGACUUUUGCCGGGUUAAUAUGGUCGACAGCGAUACCUUUAAAGCUAUAAGUGAAAUGGUAGAACAGACGUGGGAUCAGGCACACGUCGGACACGGUGCUGACGCUAAGGGUUUGGGUCAUCAAGGCAUCAAAGUGACCAAAAUCGAAAGGGUUGAAAGCAUAGAACUGUUUUCACAUUACUCACAACAAAGAGAACGGAUCAUUCGGCAAAUGUUAAGAAGUGGUUUAAACAGUUAUCCCAGAAUUGAAACAGUAACUCAAAAAGGUGGCAUUUUAACAACAUUAAAAAUGCCAAAACUUCUAAACACUAGUUUAUAUUUAGAUAUAAAUGAACAUUAUGUAUUUCAUGGUACCAAGUCGUCUUUCAUUGAGAAUAUUACCAAAAAGGGCAUAGACCCGAGAAAAUCUUCCGAUAGGUUGUUAUUUGGUCAGGGCAUUUACUGUGGUGAAAGUUCUACAAAAGCUGACCAGUACACAGAUGACAAAUCCCAUCGUCAACAGAAGGGUCUACAGAUGCUGCUGGUCCGUCUGUUGAUCGGUAAUCCGUUUGUAUCCGGACAGGAACAGUCCUAUAAACACCCUCCCUGCAGUACCUGUAAGACCACCACCUGCGUGAUUGGGGAACACUGUAAUUACGACUCGAUCAUUGUAGAGGGGAGGUGGCUCUUCCGAGAAUUCGUUGUUUAUGAACCAAAUCAGUGCUACCCGGAGUAUAUCAUCACAUAUGACAGAGUUUAACAGAUACAAAUGAUCAAAUUAGUGUUACUGUAUCUAGAAAACACAGAGUUUAACUCUCGAUAGCUCGGAGUCAACAGAAAUAUUUAAAGUUUGAUAUGAUAAUCAAAUUUGUCUUGGAAACCUUGAAAUUGGGAACUACUUAGUAGUAUGUUCUUAAUUGAUGUUUUUCAGGCUUCAUUUUUUUUGUAUAAGUCCAAAAACAUUUUGUCAUGUAGAAUUAAAGAUGCUUAAAAUAUUUUUACACAUCCCAAAUUGACGUUUAAAAUGUAUACAAAAGAUAUCAGAUCGAUGAAAACAUUUUUAAGUAGUCUAACUUUUUUGAAUAUGUUAUUUAUAGAAUUUUUAUGCACCCAGGUUGAAAGAUCGGGAUGCUUACUGUUUUUGUACUGUCUGUCUGUUGUCAAUUUUAACCUUCGCAGUAACUUUUGAACAAUGAAAGAUAGAGACUUCAUAUUUGAUACACAUUUGAUACAUGUAUACUUACUCCACUAAUAAACUUCUUUCAAAUGACACCAAGGUAAAUGACCUUGUGACCUUGACUGUGACCUAUAUGAUGAAAGUAGCUUUUUCGAACUUUUGCAAUAACUUUUGAAUUAUAAAAGAGAGAGGCUUCAUAAUUGAAUAUCAUCCAUAGUACUUUUAUAAUAAUAUGCACAUUUAAAAGAAUAAAGGAAAAUCAGAUAUUUUUAAAGAUUUUUUUUAAGGAAAUUUAUUAACGAAGGCUAAAAAGUAAAUUAUUGUCCGUGUACAGGUAUAAGUACUUUGUUGUGAAAAAAAGUUCGGGUUUGUUCUUCACAUAAUGAGAUAUAUGCGAUAAAUUUAAUUUUCACGUCAUUGCAAAUAGCGAUAUCGUCGUAGGAUUAUUUUUGUGUGACCUAACAAUUAGCGAUUAGAAUCGGACUUAACGGCUUUAAAAUAUUUUUGUACACAUCCCAAAUUGACGUUUAAACUGUAUACAAAAGAUAACAGAUGAAAAUAUUUUUAAGUAUCAUAACUUUUUUGAAUAUGUUAUUUAUGGAAUUUUUAUGCACCCAAGUCGAAAGAUCGGGAUGCUUAUUGUUUUUGUCCUGUCUGUCUGUUUAUCUGUCUGUUGUCAGUUUUAACCUUCGCAGUAACUUUUCAACAAUGAAAAAUGGAGGCUUCAUAUUUGUUAUGCAUACUCCACAAAUUUAAAAGUUCUUUCAGAUGACAUCAAGGCCAAUUACCUUGUGACCUUGACUGUGAACUUUAUGCUGAAUAGCUUUUUCGAAUUUUGUUGCUGCCGGGUGCAUAUUAUUUCACAAACAUCCUGUUAUAUUUAUCUUUAUCAAUGCACAUGUAAGGGGUGUGUAAGGAGAUCUGUUUGUGAGAACUUUCAUUCAGUUCAUUGUAGAUCUUGUACGAAGAAUGUAUUCAUACUACAUGUAUAUGCAUUGCAAGUCUGUACGAAAUCUUUUCAAUUUUACUGAUAGUCAUAGUUUACAGCAAAUAUUUUCCAUUAAAGGUUGAAAACUUUUCAAUUAAAAAUUAUGCUAUGAUAUCACUAAUAACAUUUUCCUUCUUCCUGACGUAUCAUUUCUGUGGCCGAUUUCAUAUAAACAUGUACUUUCAUUCAGUUUGAGUUAACCCUCUUAUAAUGCUGUGUACUGUGAGGAUUAUUUUAUCUUACGAUGAACUGUAUGUAUUACUUAUAAUAAACUACAUGUAUCAUUAAAUCAUUGCAUCUCAUCCAAGGUAUGCAUGUUAUAUAAAGUAUGUAUGUUAUAUUUCGAUGAUACGAGUCUUCUAAACAAUCAA